UCAGUCAUUUCUUUCCUAACGGGCUCAGACAACAGGCUCAGAGCCGUCGCUGGAGCGAAGUCUGCAGCGCCCGUGCUCAGAGGCCCGGCGAGUCGACGCUACAGCCUCUGUCUCCUAAAAGGCAAAUCCCCGCCAAGUGCCUCGGGCCUGCGCGAAGGUUUUGCAGGGGCCGGGGCUCUAGUGGCCUGCUUUGGGCCCACUUCAGCGUGACCUGCGGAAACUCACCCCUUUGUUCCGUACAUCGAGCUGGUAAUAUAUUCCUUGAGUUUCUCCAAAAUACACGACAAGUGUGGGGCCAAGACAAUGGCCCCGUCGGGGGAGGCCCGGGAGCCGGCGCGCGCCUCCUGGGUCCUCGGCUCGCUGGUUUCUCAACACCACAAAGCAAAGAGCCUCUACGACGGGCCUCUGGCGGCUUCGCCAAGCUCCGCCGGGCCGCAGGGGCAGCGGGCGCGCUCAGGAUUCACCGACGUGCGGGUUUAACAGUCGGCGCGAGCGCGCCACCCACCCCUCGCCCCACAGUGGGUGCUCGAGCCCGGCCGUCUACGGGGGCCGGAGGUGGCUGCUCGCCCGCGGCCGCGGCUGCAGUUCUGGCUGCCCUCACACAGAGCAGCGAUAUCCAGUGCUCCUCGUUGGGGAAGGUCACGAAGGAGCAGGGAAGAGUGGACAGACUGUCCAGCCACCCGGAAUUUGAGCGGUGGGGCUAGACAGGCCGAUCGCCGGCGUCUCUUCUUGUUGAAGGGAGGGCUCCUUAGAAAAGGCUUUGCGGCGCUCCUACUGAAGUUUCUAACUCUACCCGGCGGCCCCGGGGCCCCUCCAGAACUCAGAGCUGGGGCCUCGAAGAAUCUCGACUCGGAUCUGAAUGCCCGCGGCUCAUGAGAGCUGGAUUGAAAGAUGUCUCAAUGAAAGUGAGAACAAACGCUAUUCCAGCCACACAUCUCUGGGGAAUGUAUCUAAUGAUGAAAAUGAGGAAAAAGAAAAUAAUAGAGCCUCCAAGCCCCACUCCACUCCGGCCACUCUGCAAUGGCUGGAGGAAAACUAUGAGAUUGCAGAAGGCGUCUGCAUCCCUCGCAGCGCCCUCUACAUGCACUACCUGGAUUUCUGCGAAAAGAACGACACCCAGCCUGUCAAUGCUGCCAGUUUCGGGAAGAUCAUAAGGCAGCAGUUUCCUCAGCUAACCACCAGAAGACUCGGGACCCGAGGACAGUCAAAGUACCAUUACUAUGGCAUAGCAGUGAAGGAAAGUUCCCAGUAUUAUGAUGUGAUGUAUUCAAAGAAAGGAGCAGCCUGGGUGAGCGAGACGGGCAAGAGAGAAGUGACCAAACAGACGGUGGCGUAUUCUCCUCGGUCCAAGCUUGGGACACUGCUGCCAGACUUUCCAAAUGUCAAAGACCUCAAUCUGCCACCCAGUCUUCCUGAGGAGAAGGUGUCUACCUUUAUUAUGAUGUACAGAACACACUGUCAGAGAAUACUGGACACUGUAAUAAGAGCCAACUUUGAUGAGGUUCAAAGUUUCCUUCUGCACUUUUGGCAAGGAAUGCCGCCCCACAUGCUGCCCGUGCUGGGCUCCUCCACGGUGGUGAACAUCGUGGGCGUGUGUGACUCCAUCCUCUACAAGGCCAUCUCCGGCGUGCUGAUGCCCACAGUGCUGCAGGCUUUGCCGGACAGCUUAACUCAGGUGAUCCGAAAGUUUGCCAAGCAGCUGGACGAGUGGCUGAAAGUGGCUCUCCAUGACCUCCCUGAAAACCUGAGAAACAUCAAAUUUGAAUUAUCAAGAAGGUUUUCCCAAAUUCUGAGAAGGCAAACGUCGCUGAAUCAUCUUUGCCAGGCGUCGCGCACAGUGAUCCACAGCGCAGACAUCACGUUCCAGAUGCUGGAGGACUGGAGGAAUGUGGACCUGAGCAGCAUCACCAAGCAGACGCUUUACACUAUGGAGGACUCUCGGGACGAGCACCGCAGACUCAUCAUCCAGUUGUACCAGGAGUUUGACCGCCUGCUGGAGGAGCAGUCACCUAUCGAGUCUUACGUAGAAUGGCUGGACACCAUGGUGGACCGAUGCGUUGUGAAGGUGGCCGACAAGAGACAAGGGUCCCUGAAGAAAGUAGCACAACAGUUCCUGUUGAUGUGGUCUUGCUUUGGCACAAGGGUGAUCCGGGACAUGACCUUGCACAGUGCUCCCAGCUUCGGGUCUUUUCACCUAAUUCACUUGAUGUUUGAUGACUACGUGCUCUACUUAUUGGAAUCUCUGCAUUGUCAGGAGCGGGCCAACGAGCUCAUGCGAGCCAUGAAGGGAGAAGGAGGCACAGCAGAAGUUCAGGAAGAAAUUAUCUUGACAGAGACUGCCCCAGCAACCCCUUCACCAGGCCCAUCAUUUUCUCCAGCAAAAUCUGCCACAUCUGUGGAGGUGCCACCACCCUCCUCCCCUGUCAACAACCCAUCCCCCGAGUACACCGGCCUUAGCACAACAGGAGCAAUGCAGUCAUAUACGUGGUCACUAACAUACACAGUGACAACGGCUGCUGGGUCCCCAGCUGAGACCUCCCAACAACUACCCUGUAUGAGGAGCACCCACAUGCCUUCUUCCUCUGUCACACACAGGAUACCAGUCUACUCCCACAGAGAGGAACACGGGUACACAGGAAGCUAUAACUACGGGAGCUAUGGCAACCAGCAUCCUCACCCAAUUCAGAGCCAGUAUCCAGCCCUGCCUCAUGACACAGCCAUCUCUGGGCCACUCCACUACUCCCCUUACCACAGGAGCUCUGCACAGUACCCUUUUAAUAGCCCCACUUCCAGGAUGGAACCUUGCUUGAUGAGCAGUACUCCCAGGCUGCAUCCCACGCCAGUCACUCCCCGGUGGCCAGAGGUGCCAACAGCCAACGCGUGCUACACAAGCCCGUCUGUGCAUUCCACGAGGUAUGGAAACUCUAGUGACAUGUACACACCCCUGACCACGCGCAGGAAUUCUGAGUACGAGCACAUGCAACACUUUCCUGGCUUUGCUUACAUCAACGGAGAGGCCUCCACUGGAUGGGCUAAGUGACUGCUUUCAUAGAAAUCCAUAUUUAAUAUUAAUAAUUAAUAAUAAUAAUAAACCCAAUACCUACCCUCCAGAAGACUUUAUCUCUAUACAUCAUAAUUCGCGGGCUGUUCCUAAGCAUCCAUUUUCCUAAUGAACAAGAGGAUGUUCAACAUGGAAUGAAUAGACUUUAGUUCAGAAACAGGAUUCACUAAAAGUCAGUGGGAUCGGGUUCCCGUAGCCAAGCCAGACCUGACUGUUUCUACAGAGCACUAUCUUGGGCAGGCCAAUCUGUGCCUUUCCCCUCCAUUCCGUGACCUUGCAAGGCAACCACUCCCUGCAGGGCACUUAUGUUCUUGUUGACAAAGCUCUUUAGACCUGAAGGAUGGAUACUGGAGCCAGAAUCUGGUCUGUGUUCUUGGAUGGGCACAUAAUUUACCAAGAGCAUCACCUUGCUACAUGUUUGUCAUCUCCAGUAGUUACCAGCCCUCAGACAUUGUAUCUGCAUCCCUACUUCCUGGAGUCUCAGGGCAGAAAGGAAGUUCCUGGAAAGGCUAACCUCCCUGUUAACUCACCCUGCCAUAGUACCUGCACUGUCCUGGAACGUAAGCCCUGUUUGGAGGGACCGAAGAGGCCUGCUGUAUGUUGCCUUUAUUUGAUUGACGUCUGUGGGGAUCAGUUCUUCUAUGUACAAGGAUUUGUCCUAAGUUUGCACAAUGUCCUAAGUUUGCAUCAGCAAAAGGCAGGGGAGGCUUUUAAGUUCUGUGAAAAAAUGUGGAUUUAUGACAUUAAGUACCAUCCUCUGCUGUGUUAUUUGUGAAGCUAGAUGGGUCAAACUUUCACUUAGCGAGCACCAAGUGUGAAAACAACUGUCCUGGUUCCUUUCAUAAAACUAGAAUACUUUCCAACACUUUGCUAGAAAAAAAAAAAGUCAAAGCUGUGCCUUUGAGUCUAUACUAUACUGUGUAUGUGUGGAAAUAAAAAUGUAUUGUACUUUGGGAAAAUUUUUUCGUAGGUAUUUUUUUUUGUCAGAUUUGUAGCUAUUUGUGAGGUUUGUUAGCGAUUAACAUAGGUUUUCUGUCUGUAUUAUAAGAUGCACCAAGCAAUUAUGGUGGAACUAUUACCCUAUGGGUAAGAGAGAAGUGGAAAUAUGACAUCGGACGUCUUUGCAAAUGUUCUGUAAAUAAAAUGUUUGAUCACACCACCUUGUGUGAUAAUCAUGUCUACAGCUAAAAUUGAAAUAGUUUUAUCUGUACAGUUGUGCAAGAUAUGAAUGGUUUCACACUCAAAUAAAAAGUAUUGAAAUGAC